AUGGCGGUCAGCUCGAGGACGGAGGUCUGCGUGCUAGCGGUGCUCGUGGCGCUCUGCAUUGCCGCGCGGACGGCGGUGGUGGCCGGGGGCAUUAUCGAGGACGGGCUAGAGCUUGACUGGGGACAGGGGAACGUUUCGAAGGACGGCCAGGUCAUCUCGCUGUACCUCGACCGGGACUCCGGCGGCUCGGGCCUCCGGUCCAGAGACACGUACCUGUACGCGCGCACCGACCUGCAGAUCAAGCUCGUCCCCAACAACUCCGCCGGCACCGUCACCACCUUCUUCUUCCUGUCGGAGGGGCCAUGGGAGAUACACGACGAGAUCGACCUGGAGUUCCUGGGCAACGUGAGCGGGCAGCCCUACACGCUCCACACCAACAUCUUCGCCAACGGCACCGGCCAGAAGGAGGAGCAGUUCCGCCUCUGGUUCGACCCCGCCACCGACUUCCACACCUACUCCAUCGUCUGGACACCCAAGCACAUCCUCGUGCUGGUGGACGGCACGCCGAUCCGGGAGUUCAGGAACCACGCGAAGAAGGGCGUGGCGUACCCGUACCCGUCGUCACAGCGGAUGCGGCUGUUCGGGAGCCUGUGGAACGCUGACGACUGGGCCACGCAGGGCGGCCGCGUCAAGACGGACUGGUCGGCGGCGCCGUUCCUCGCGCAGUACCGCAACUUCAAGGCGACCACGUCGUCGCCGGGCGGGUACGGCUACUACGACGACAAGGAGUUGGAUGGGACGACCAAGAAGAAGAUGGAGCGGGUGCGUGAGGAAUACAUGAUCUACAACUACUGCACGGACACCAAGAGGUUCCCCAACGGCGUGGCACCACCGGAGUGCUCCAUGAAAUAG